AUAUUGUUUAUAUAUACGAAAUUAGGCAAACCCAAGUUCAAUGCUUGCGCUUAGUUUCUUGACCUUAUAUAUGGGAAACAACAUGCAGUCAUAUCACGAAUCGAUGCCAUCAUCAAGUCCAUCCCCCUCAUCGUCAACUUCAACAUUCGCGUAUGAUCAGGUACCAUUGGUCGAUGAAGAACACGGUCUUGAGGAGAAAAAUCACGACGACUUGAUCAGGUCAUUGAAAUCUCGACCCAACUCCGUCCAAGAUAUUUGUCGCCGUUUUCUCGAGACACCCAAGACGCUCAUCAUUGCCGCAAUUUUAGCAACCGCAACACUUGUCACCGUUGUGGUUACAAGUUUUACUGUACACACCCCUGGAUCUUAUGUGCACAUGCACACAAUCCCUCAGAAGAAUGCCCUUCAACCGGACUAUAUAGACUCAUUUGGCGGACCUCUUGAACUUGGUGGGACUCGCCGUUGUGGCAGCUAUCCCAGUGAAGCGGAAGCCCUUGGCUGCGUGUUUGACUUGAUGAAUUAUGGCUGGACAGCACCAGAGUGCUACUACGAAAGCCUGUCCACAGCUGGGCUCUCCGAGGGUCCAUACAAGUUUUAUUUGGAUUCAAAUCUUACUGUGGAGAUCCCGCAGGAGGUCGCAAUGACGGGUCGUGUAGUUGAUGUUUAUACAACCCAUCACUAUCACACCGAACAUUGCAAAUGGUCGCAGGCCAUUUUGGCAAUGGCCAAAAAAGAUGAUAAUGUGCUUAUACCGCAAGUUAUUGCACAGCAAAAUCACACCAAGCAUUGUCUGAAGUAUGUUGAGAAUUCGGAAAAAACACCUUCCGAAAAGAUCAAUACAUGGACUCGCGUGGUGUAUAACUCAUGUAUAAAGCUCUCCGAAGCAGACGUUCUGUUGGUAGACUAAGAAAAUCUUUGGCAAAAAGUGAAAUUUAAGUACAUUAUGAUUGUAGAAAAGAUUGAUAAUUAAGGUGUAUUGGAUCGUAUAUAUCAUUGUCGAGAGCUAUCUCGGCUGCAGCGAAACUGGUUCCCGCACCAGAAAAUAUUCUACCAGUGGUUCCGUUCCACCGUACUUUGAAUAAUCCGUGGACACAGUCUCCA